CGUAUCGGGAUACAGUGUCGUACAGCCAAUUAUCAAUCCUCUUUUACCGCCCGGUAUAGGAAACCAUUUAACCACAACUGUCUUCAACCAACACACCAGUGAGUUCACGAUAUGGUCUCAUGUGGAAUCUACAACCAACACAACUUCAGCCCUCGUUAGAGAUGUCCCCAAAAUCAAGCGAUGGUCGGGACAAUUCCUUGGGACGAUAACUGCUGGCUCAGCCAGCGAGCGUCUAUUUCUGUACAGCACAUGGUUCUUAGACCAACGGGUUCGUGCAGCUUCUCAUACACUCCCUGGAACUGCCAAGGUUGGUGCAACCAACAGUUCCAAAGACAAAUUGUCGCAUGAGUCUAAUCUCUGGUCUGUUGGGUCGCUCUUCAGCUUUCUCUCCGUCCUUUCUACUCAGCUUUCCCUCGAAACUCUGUACUUCUUUUUCCUACAUAGUACACACUCUUCUCUAUACUAUUGUGCAAGUUAAUUAUCAAGAUGAAAAGGCCCAUCCUUUCUCUUCUGUUUCUUUCCUUCUCACAAUUGUGUUUCGCCGCCAACGAGUGUUACUAUCCCAAUGGCCUCGAAGCCGAAGACCAUCCUUGUGAUCCCAAUGCAAAGCAGAGCGUCUGUUGCUCUGGAGGCCUAGGAACAGUAUGUCUAUCGAACAAAUUAUGCAUAGGGGGCAAUGGAAAUACCGUGCGAGGUUCAUGUACGGAUAAGAAUUGGGAAUCGCCCGAGUGUGCAAUGUUCUGCCUGGGCGCUGACACAGGAGGGACUGACCUAAUAUCAUGCUCCAACAUUACAGGCAGUGACACAUCUUAUUGUUGUGACCACAAUACCAACUGUUGCAACAGUGGCGUCGGCAGAUUCAAUGUACUCCCAUCUGACCCCGAAGUUUGGGCGACAUGGAACCGAAAGGCGACUCGAUAUGACGUUGUUGGUACAAUGUUUAGUGGCCAGUCCACGACCGAAACCGCAUCGACAACAACGGACGUCACAUCUUCUACGGCAUCUGCUUCUUUCACCACGACAAGCGACGCAUCCAUACCGUCCAGUUCUGUGCCGGAUACACGAGAGCCAUCCGAAACACCCGCAGGGCUUUCCACCGGUGCAAAGGCAGGAAUCGGGGCUGGUGUUAGUGUCGGAGCUAUCAUGGCUGUGGCUGUUAUAUAUCUAUUUUGGAAGAUGCGCAGAAACGAAAAAGCUGCCAAGCAGGGCGAACAGCAACCACCUUUGAAUAACAACCCGAUGACGGAUGCUUGGCAACAAUGUCAGUACGUGUAUGCUUCGAAAGGGUAUCAAUAUCAGCCUCAAUCUCCACAAGAGCUAUCUGGAACUCCGUUGCAGGGCUAUAAUGGGCCGGCUGAGUUGCCAGCACAUAACUGACGUCCAUGGAUUUUGUUGCCUCAUGUCCAGGGUGAUGGGAGUUCCGACUGGGCCCAUGUAUACAGCAUUAGAUUACGCUUGAAGCAUUAAAUAUGUAGCAUAAUAUCAUUAGAGUUAACAUUGACGAUA